AUGAACCAGUCAAGGAAGAACACGGAAUCUACUACAGCUGCUCAGAGACACCUUCAAGCCGCAUCAGAUGUGCUCCUGUCGACAUCACCACACGCAUCAGCUUUCCUGGCUCAUCAACUCAGACAAUCAAAACCAACAACAUCAUCGUCGCAUCCGAGUAAAGUCCCAGACAACUGUCGCGCCUGUGGCAAUGCUCUGAUUCCCGGAUGGUCUUGUUCCGUCUCUUCAAGACGAGUACCCGAGAUUUCAAAGAAACCAAAGAUCAAAUCGAAAGUCGUAAAGAAGCCUACUGUUCCUCGAAUCACAUAUAUCAAUUACAAGUGUACUCUAUGCAACGGCAUCAAUACAGUCAAAUCCGACACACAGCCUCCUGCGAGACGGUCCAACUCCAAGAAGUCAGCACUCGAAAGCAAAUCUGCCAGUGUCACUGUUCAGACCUCGACUACAUCUAUCAUAAGACCAACCACUACAGCAACAGCCACACCAAGUCCUGCUCCUUCAACAGCAGUCUCUUCAUCUUCAGAACAUGGACGUGGUGGAGCAGACAAGAAGCGAAACCGCAAGCAGAAGCUCGGAGGUCUCCAAGCCAUGCUGGCAAAGUCAAAAGCUCCGGCCACAGCACCCAAGGCUUUCGACUUUAUGGACUUUAUGAAGACGACCUGA